AUGCAUUUGCUUCUACACUUAAUUGUUAUUGUUUUAGCCUUCAUUUCUCACGAACAUAGAGCUAUGGCACAAUAUGUACCGCCUUACACUUCCAUAGUUGUUCCGGUAAACAAACAUACGGAUGCUGCUAAGCCUCUUUAUAGCGUUCAAAUCAUGACAUCAUAUGUAAAUAUGCAAUACUCGCAUGCCAACUUCCUUAUAGACAUCGACGCUCCUUUCAUAUGGCACGAUUGCAUACUGCAGUGGAACAUAUAUCCAGGAAGCUGUCCAAACAACACCCUCUGCACAUCUCCCGUUUCUUGUGAAGAAUAUCAAUGCACGGAUGUGCGAACUACUUACUCAUACGAGAAUCCUUCAUGCCCUCCAGUAACCAACAGCUCCACCUUGCCUGGUUGGGGAGAUUGUACAUGUCCAGUCAAUGUGGCGGACCCUGUUACCGGCUCUUGUGGUGAAGCCCUGCUUAACUAUGAUGAAUUUACCGUGAACACAAGCAUUGGUAAAAAUGUUUUUACUGGUUUAUAUGGCGCUUAUCCCAAUGCUGCAUGUGCCCCGCCUUCCUCUUUUGAAUCGUUCCCUGCAAAUGUUACUGGCGUCAUGGCACUUUCAUCCUCGCCAUACGCCUUACCAGCUUAUUUAUUUCAACCCCUCAAAAAAACAUUAGCACUAUGUUUGCCUAGCAAAUCCUCUAUGCCUGGGGUUCUUUUCUUCGGAAGUGGUCCUUAUUUUCUACUUCCCAACUCGAGUGUUGAUGUGAGAAGUUACCUUUCUUAUACUACAUUACUUAAGCAUCCAGAUUCCUUUGGAUACUUUAUUGGUAUCAAUGCUAUUGUAAUCAAACAGAAAUCUAUAGGGAUUCCCGGGAAUUUCUCUACCAAGCUUAGUACACUUGAUCCUUACACCAUUCUACGAACUGAUAUUUAUAACCGCGUGCUUCAGAUAUUUUCACGCUAUACAGUCGGAAUCCCCAAGGUAAGCCCAAUUGCUCCCUUUGGCCUAUGUUUCAGGAUCUCAACCACAACCCAUGCUGGUUUCAAGUUUCCUGACAUUGAUUUCAAUCUAAAUGAUGGGAAGAAGUGGACUAUAUCCAUGGCUAACUCCAUGAAACAAAUAACAAAAGACGUGACAUGUCUGGCUUUUGUUGAUGGUGGUUCGACAGCUGAACCUGCAAUUGUGAUCGGGACCUAUCAGUAUGAAAAUAACUUUCUCGAGUUUGAUUUAGAAAAUUCGAUCUUUGGUUUUAGUUCUUCGUUGUUGCUAAAGCAAACUUCUUGCUCAAACUUCAACUUUACACUCACUGAUGGAAACUAA